AUGUCAUUCUUCCAGGGCACUCCAAACUUCCUUUCUUCAAAACUCGAGGUGCAGUUUGACCAUGAUGGAGCGGUGGACAUGCUGGGGAACCCCAACACUGGUACAAGUUAUUCAUUACCCGGAAACGUACUCCUUUCUCUUCCCUCUCUGCCGGUGGGACUCGAAGGUCGUGUGCGUGAGGUCAGAGAGAUGAAGCUCUUACUGGAAGGGAAGAGCGAGUAUCAUGAUGAGUCUGGUCGCUACACGCCACUUCGUUUAUGGUCCACAACCGUUGAUCUCGCCACUCCUUCCGAACCCCUUGUUCUACCUUCUCAAGACUAUGCACGCCCUCAUCUCGCUCGCUUCCAAGUCGCUAUCCCCUUUGAUCUACGUCUUCCCGGGUGGCUUCCUCCAACGCAUUCCUCAGCCAACACAGUCACCUCUUAUGGCGUCCAAGUACAAUGCACCAUUGGCUGGGUCGAUCUUUCUUCACCCCUUUCAAUCCCUAUGACACGUUCCGCCGCUCUGUCUCAUUCUUCCCUUUCCACGAACAGUUCCAUUGAGAUCAAGCCAACACCCGCAAUUCGAACAAGAAGACUUGAUUCCCUGUUCUCCCACUCAUCUCUCCAACUCUCCUCGAUACACAAAUCUCAAAGCAAAUUCGCUCCUAUCACAGUACGCCGACACCGACUACCUUCUGCUGUCAGAGGACAUGUAUAUGUACCUGGAGAACGACACUACACUAUCAAACCUAACGAAAGUACCUGUCCAGUAGAAUGUGUCGUCACUGUACCGGAAUGGGUCGACGUACAUGGUGAUGAAAGAAGUAUCAAGAUCUCCCUUCGAGUCAGAGCUCGUCGUGACGCUAUUUUACAAGGCGACGCCUCCAUGGACAUUGAUGGCGGGGAUGAAAUCCUCACCAAUCUGUUGGAACUCGGCAUGGAAGUCGAAGAACUCGAAAGGGUCAGCUCCACACCAGCUACUUCUUUCAUGUCAGCGAACCCCCUACCUUCAAAUCAACCUUCAGUACACAGUUCAGAACAUGCUCUAUUAAACCCAUCGCACUACGCCAAUGCUAUUUGUUUCGAUUCAACCUCUGGGACAGCUCAUAAAGCACAGAAAAGCCGUCAGUGUCUUUUGGCAGAUGAUGGAACGCAAAGGAAUUUCUUCUUUGCUAAAGAAGGGCUGGGGUUAUGUGGAGAUAAAUGGAGGAAAGUGAACGUUGUCUUGCCGAUGCCAGCGGACGCGUUGGGCAAGGGAAGUGCGACUGGAGGUAGACCUCAAGCGGAGGUGGAAGGUCCAUUUUUGAGGAUCAGACAUAGUUUGAAGAUUAAGUUGGUUUGUAAGAACACGGGGGCGGAUGUGGACACGAUGGUUCUUCUAUCCACUCCUAUUCGUUUCGGCACAUGUCAAGAUACUCUCCCCCUCUCGGCCUCUUCUCGCUCUCAGCUUCCUCCUUACAUUCAGCUAUUCCAUGAGAACGGAGAUUUGAGGGAAUGUGAUCCUCUCCCAUUGUACCACCCACCCGAGUCUACCUUGCCAAUCUCAAAACCUCGUCUGAUCUCGGACGCUUCCUUCUUGUCGGACCCCUCGGAGACAUCUUACCUUUCCGAUUCUCCUGGUCAAUCCGAUUCCCCCGAGUCGAAUGAGAUCAUCGAAUCCUCUGUUGGCAGUACACCCAACUCCACGUUUACUUCGGAGACCGGAAUCACCACAGCUUCUUCCGUCACAACAGACAAUUCGGUUCCUCUUUCCCCCGCUCCAGCUUACUCUUCAUUACAUCCCAAGAGUCAUUCGCCUCCAUCGUCUCGAUCCCCAUCUCCUGGUAACUUUGAACCACUCACUCUACCUCCUUUUUCACCUGGAUUGACAGCUCUAGGAUUCACCAUCACGAAUCUCUCCGGCAUUCCCUCCAGGGAAGAUUUUGAGAGAGUGAAUGUGGGUGAAACAAGUUUGGGAAGUAGGACGAUAAGAAGGCCCGAAUCGAUGGAUAUUGAUUGUCCUUCUUUCGUCACUGAGUCAGAAGGGUCAGAUGCUGGUGGAUCGGAAUUGAGAGGAAGGAGAGCAAUGGAACAAGGUUCAGAGAUGGAAGAACUGCAGUCUGAUGAAUGGGAUGAAGAACUUUUGAGAAAUGUCAGAAGGAGGAGUGCAGCACCGCCUCCUCCUACUCCUAGGACACCGGGAGGGAGGAAGAUCAGGUCGAGGUCGAGAGUGGUGGCUUGA